CCAUGCAAAGCAUAAUUCCUGACGAUGGUGUCGAUCAACGCGUAAAGUCCACACGGCAGAGAUCUCCCUCAGCAGCAACACCUGCGUUCGGAUGCCGGGGGUCGGCCUGGGAGUCAACCUCAGCACCACCGGCAGCACCCUGCACUCCAAACCCCCCGGAGGCACCAAGAACCUCCCCAUCAGCUUCCGGCUGGAGGAGGAGGAUGGCACCAACCUGCCACAGGAGACCAACAAGUCGCAGACAUGCAAAGACAGCGUGAUUAAAGUGUCGGGCAAAAAGAAGAAGAAAUCGAGGGCUGAGAAGAGGAGGGAAGGGGAAAAGAGAAAGAGGAGGGCGCGCUCUUUGGGGUGGAGGCUGGAGGAUGAACUGGGGAGUGGACUCCACCUGGAGUGGAGGUCUCUGCUCGGUCUGCAGAGGGCGCUGCAUUAAAAUGCCGUCAGUCUCUGACGAAGGUGAGUCCAAACAGCUAGUUUUCAGAAAAUAAUCACAUGAUUAGAGAGUUUUCAGAACAUGCGUGCCGCGUUACAGCUGCAGAUACUGCAGAGUGCACUGACUCUGUGCUGUGUCAGUGUUGUGGAGCAGGGGCGGAUCUAGAGAAAUUUUCUUAGGUUAGCAUGAGGGUGGCAAAGAAAUCAA